CAAUAACAAUACAAAAAGUACAUGGAAAAACAUGUUCCCAACCAAGCCAUGGAUGGAAAAUCGAAAAGAAUCUAUUAGAAAAAAAGGAAAGCCUUGUUUCAAGCAUGUCUACCACCCUAUGAGCUUCGGUUGCUGUGCCGCGGCGAUGUUCAAGCCCUACUAAUUUGCUUUUCUCCUCCUCGAGAGCUCAGGAGGAAGGUCUGUCAAUGAUGAUGGGAAGCCAAGCCAAGUUCUUGAGGUGCUUCAGCAGGGCUGAGCCCCAGACUCUGAGUUUUGCCAUCUUCACUGGAUGCUUCCUCAUCUCCACGGCCCUCCUCGUGCUGUCCGCAGGCUAUUUUGUCUCUUUUCCUUCGUUGGGUUCCUGGUUGUCGCCUCAUGCAGCUCCUCCCCUUCCCAGGGCACAAGUAAAUGAUACAAACAACCAAAAUGUGGAGCUCAGCAGAAAGCCCUUGUGUGAUACUACUUCCAACAGAAGAGCAGACAUAUGUGACAUGGAGGGUGAUAUCAGAAUCCAAGCAAGCUCUUCCUCCAUCUUCUUCGUCACUUCCUCAAUUCGGAACACCACAGAACUACAGGAAUCAUGGAAAAUUAAACCUCAUCCUCGGAAGGGAGAUCAUGCCGCACUGUCUCGUGUCACUGAAAUGUCAGUAGGCUACUUGAGCACCGAGGAAGACCUUCCCAAAUGCGAUGUCAAUAGCACAGUUCCAGCGAUCAUCUUUGCGACCGGUGGCUAUAUGGGGAACUUCUUUCAUGAAGUCACAGAUCUAAUAAUUCCCCUCUACAUAUCAUCGCACAAGUUCAAUGGUGAGGUUCAGUUCUUGAUAAGUGAAAUGCUGCCUUGGUGGAUGACAAAGUAUGAAAUAUUACUAAAGAAUCUAUCUCAUUACGAAAUUAUCAACUUCAACAAUGAUACUAUGGUCCGGUGCUAUCCGCGUGUCAUAGUGGGCAUUGCAUUUCACAAGGAUAUGGGCAUUGAUCCUGCGAGAUCUGGCGGUGUGACAAUGUUCGACUUCGGACGGUUCAUAAGGAGCAGUUACUCAUUGGAGAGGGACACUGCAAUUCAGCUAGGGGCUGACCGCGAUAAGCGACCUAGACUCCUAAUUAUUGCAAGAAGCAGGACAAGAAGAUUCACUAAUAUCCAUGACAUUGCACGAAUGGUAGAAUGGGAGGGUUUCGAACCUGUUGUAGCAGAGAUCAAGAAAAACCAAAGCUUGGCAGAAUUCGCGCGCAUAGUGAACUCUUGCGAUGCGAUUCUAGGAGUGCAUGGUGCAGGGCUUACUAAUCUCAUAUUCCUCCCAACGAAUGCAGUAGUGAUCCAAGUUGUUCCAUUGGGUGGGCUGGAAAUGUUUUGCUACAGUGACUAUGGAGUGCCUACUUUAGACAUGAAGAUGAAGUACUUGCAAUACAGCAUAAGCAUCAUGGAGAGUUCCCUGGUUGACCGCUAUGGGAUUGCAGAUCCUGUGGUCAUAAAUCCAAAAUCUGUUCUGGCUCAGAAUGAAGGUUGGAGGAACUGGACUUCAAUAUACUUCUUCAAUCAAGAUGUGAAGCUUGACGUGGGGAGAUUCAGCAGUUUUCUCAUACAUGCUCGUGAGCUUCUUCGUCAAUAGGCAUAUUGGCAAGAGUUGAUUCGGUUGAUGUGAGAGGCGUCUGAGGUGAGUAUUAUCACCUUUUUACCGCCAAGAGUUGAUUCAGUUUGGAGAUUAUCUUCUAUAUUGCAAAGUGUUUCACUGCCGGGCCUCAUCUUUUUGCCAAGGACAAAUGGAUCUUGCAGAUGCAUAAAAAGGGAUUAGGCAUGUUUAAUUCUUUUGGUUCAUUCAUGGAAGCACUAUAAUAUGUCAAUGGAUCUCAUCAGGGAAUCAGGGCAUGAUUUUUUGGAGAUGUAGCUUUGAAUAGAUAAAAUCUCAUUGAAAUGAGAUUCAACCGUGUGGUAAUUGCUUAGCAACUUCUACCGUAGUCUGACUGUUUUAAAUAAUUUUAAUCAAUUUAAAA